AGCGGGGCUCCCGCAGGACCAUGGGGCUGCAGGCGCUGCUCUUCCUCGCCCCCCUUCUCCUCCUCCUCCUCCUCGUCGUCCUCUCCCUCGUGCUCCUGCGGGGCUCGGGCAGCCGCAACCCCUUCGCCACCGACAGCCGCCGCCCGCCCGGCCCGCUCGUCACCGACAAGGCGGUGCGCAGGACCGUCGUCAAGACAGUGUUCUCGGCAGAGAAGGUGCCGGCGGAGCUCGAUGCCAUCGUGGUGGGCAGCGGCAUCGGCGGGCUGGCGGCCGCGGCGCUGCUGGCCAAGGCGGGCCGGCGGGUGCUGGUGCUGGAGCAGCACGGCAAGCUGGGGGGCUGCUGCCACACCUUCACCGAGAAGGGCUUCGAGUUCGACACCGGGAUCCACUACGUGGGGCAGAUGCAGGAGGGCUCCCUGAUGCGGUUCCUGGUGGACCAGCUGACAGAUGGGCAGCUGGAGUGGGCCCCGCUGCCGGCCACUUACGAUGCCGUGGUUCUGGGGGACCCCCGGGGCUCUGGCAAGACCUUCCACAUCCACUCUGGGGAGAGGGAAUAUUUCCGGAGGCUGAAGGAGCAGUUCCCCGGGGAGGCGGCGGCCAUCGACGAGUUCCAGCGCUUGGUGAAGAGUGCUGGCCGUGGGGUUGUGCUGCUGGGGAUCCUGAAGAUGCUCCCGAGGUUCCUGGCCAAGCUCCUGACCUGCUCCAGGCUGCUCCCACGGCUCUGCUCCUUCUCCCAGCUGGCCUCACGCAGCCUCAAGGAGGUGGUGGAUGGUCUCACCCCCAACCCUGAGCUCCGGGCUGUCCUCAGCUACAUCUUCCCCACCUAUGGUGUGCCCCCCUCCAAGGCCAGCUUCUCCAUGCACAGCAUCCUGGUGAAUCAUUUCCUGCACGGCGCCUGGUACCCCAAGGGCGGGGCGGGGGAAAUCGCCUUCCACACCAUCCCCGUGAUCCGCAGGGCCGGAGGAAACGUCUUUGGGAAGGCGCCGGUGCAGAGGAUCCUGCUGGACGCCCAGGGCAGAGCCUGCGGUGUGAGCGUCAGGAAAGGCCAGGAUUCCGUGGAUAUCUUUGCUCCCGUGGUCAUUUCGGACGCCGGGAUCUUCAACACCUACGAGCGGCUGCUGCCGGCGGAGGCGCGGGCUCUGCCGGAGAUCCAGGCCCAGCUCCACAUGCUGAGCCCUGGCGAGGGGGGCUUCACCGUCUUCGUGGGCCUCAGCGGCUCGAGGGAGGAGCUGGGGCUGGAGCCCAUCAACUACUUCAUGUUCCCAGGGAAUGACCUGGAUGGAAUCAUGCGGCGCUACCUGGCCUCCUCCAGAGAAGAAGCUGCCAACAACAUCCCCUUGCUCUUUGUCACCUCGCCAUCGUCCAAGGACCCCACCUGGGAAAUGAGGCACCCAGGAAAAUCCACGCUGGCCAUCGUCACCUUCGCCAGGUACGAGUGGUUCGAGGAGUGGAAGGACAAGCAGGUCCACAAGAGGGGGGAUGACUAUGAGGACCUGAAGAAGACUUUUGUGGAUGCCAUCAUGCAGACUGUCUACAAGCUCUACCCUCGCAUCGAGGGCCGGAUCGAGUACCUCUCGGGUGGCUCUCCCCUCACCAACCAGCACUACCUUGCCAGUCCCCACGGCGAGCUCUACGGCGCUGACCACGGCAUCCCCCGCCUGCAGGCCGAGGCCAUUGCCGCCCUGCGGGCGGACACGGCCGUGCCCAACCUCUACCUGACAGGGCAGGAUUUGUGCAUGGGGGGUUUCAUGGGGGCCCUGCAGGGAGCCAUCAUCUGCGCCAGCACCGUCCUCAAGCGCAACCUGUACGCGGACGUGGCGAGGCUGAAGAUGCGCUUGCAGGCCGCCCACGCCAAGAAGGGAGACUAAAGGCUGCCAUGCCCCAGCAGGGCCCCUACUCCCCAGCACACCACCCCAGCCGCCACACACCUGUAGCAGACCCGUCUCUGUGCCAAGC